AUGACGGCAGUCGCAAAUCCACCAAGUUUCCAGCAGAUCAACAGGUCGGCAUGGGGAUCUAGUGUUAACCAAGGAGGAAUGAAUGCUAUUAACGGCGACGAAGUGGGCAGAAUGUUUAUGCCACGAAAAAGUGCUCAGCGUGCCAACUCAUCCUCGUCAAUAACUUCAUUAUCUUCAAUUUCUUCCACUUCAUCCAACUCGACGGUAUCGCAACAGACCCCGCAGACUAAUGGCGUACCGAUGACCUCGUCUAAUGAAUCAAAUAAUUGGGGAACGGCAGCGGCACGAAAGAAGGUCCCAAGAGUGCAACCGCCAUGGACCAAUAAAUCAGACUCGGCACCUGGUUCACACACGACACGACAACCUCCAUCGGCCUUGACAAAUGGAAAUUCUGGUUCAUCUAUGACUCCAUUGCAUCAGCCGGCUCCCAUGGUACCAUCCCAACAUGUUACACCAAAUGGAUCACAGCAGAUCAGACCCCAGGGCCAACCUACUGAAGGGGAGCCAAUGCUUUACUUGUUAUCCAUGAACGGCACCUUUGAUCACAAGAGGAUAUCGGUACCCUUCUAUCCGGAUAGCUUGAGAAUCGGGCGUCAGACAAAUGCUAAAACAGUACCAUCGCCUGCGAAUGGAUUUUUUGAUUCGAAGGUACUUUCGAGACAACAUGCAGAGAUUUGGGCAGAUCGUAGUGGGAAGAUCUGGAUUCGAGAUGUCAAAUCAUCAAACGGUACUUUCGUCAACGGAGCGCGCUUAUCGGCCGAAAACAAGGACUCAGAUCCGCAUGAGUUGCAGUCGCAAGACCAUCUCGAGCUUGGUAUAGAUAUUGUUAGCGAAGAUCAAAAGACUGUUGUACAUCACAAAGUCGCUGCGAAAGUCGAACAUGCAGGUUUUGCGGGCUCAACUAAUAAUGUUCUGGAUAUGAGUUUCGGUGAUUUGAAUCCUGCUAAUGGAUCAAUGAUGUUACCGUCUCAAGGCCCCAUGAUGAGGGGAAGAACUGGAAGCCAAAGCUCAAUAGGCAGUAAUGGUCGUGUGGGAUUACCGGGUAGCGUAGCUGGGAGUCAAAUGAGCGUGAUGGGUCAGCAACGCCCGAUGAAUUUCUGGUUAACGCCCGUUACAACAGAGCAGAUAGUGAAGAGGCUUUCUCACGAGAUGCGAACAGCCCGAUUGCAAAACUCCGACCUUGGGCGUGCAGACAACUUCUUUGGUGGCCUGUUAUCGAAGGAUAAUGUGAAAGAACUCGAGAGUGCUCCAAAUGUAGAACUAAAGCCUGCAGCAAACGGUUCCGCUUUAUCUUUUAGGGCUGAAGGAAAACCUCGAUUUUCUGAUCCUCCGGCGCCGCCGCCCCAACAACCUCUUCCUGAAAAGCCAGAUGUUGCCCGUUCUCAUAACUUUGAUCCCUCAUCACCUACUGCCUCUUUAAGAAGAUCCAAUACCGAAAAGCAGAGGUCUUUAGCGAAUGGUUCUCCUGUAAGAGAAGUCAGUAGUCAAAUAAUUACGUUGGUGGAGGCAUUGGCAUCGGCAAAGAAAGAGAUCGAUUCUCAAAGUGCUCGAAUGCGGGACUUGGAGGAAAUGCUUCAAAAGGAACGACAAGCACGAGAAACGGCGGAGGAAAUGGCUAAACGAUUGGAGCUCCAAACACCGGACAAAACCUUGAACGGAAGUGCCAGAUCUGGGAUGGAAGGUUUAAUACUCGAAGAUGCUUUUGAGCCACCCUCAGAUGAUAUUUCAUCACAAGAGAAAGCCAAUAUACAAGUUGACGCUACUGGUAUUGCCGACUCAUCUCGUCUGUUGGAACAGCGCCUUGAAAUUAUGGUUUCUGAUAUGCAGGAGUUGCGAUCCCAAAUGGAGUCAUAUAAGAAAAGAGCAGAAAGCGCCGAGGGGGAGAGGGAUACCGACCGAAAAACCUUAGCAGAGAUGAUUGAAAAAAUUCGCUCGGAUGAGCAACUGAGAGAACUAUCUUCCGACCGAUCCCGAUCUCCAUCGAAGCAGGCUUUUGAAAAACAUAUCAACGGGACUGUGAAUGGAGGUGAUCUGGCACUGCAUCCCAUAAGACGACCAAAUGGUAUGAAACAUACCUUAUCAGAAAAUGAUGAUCUUCAUGCAUCGCUCACACGUGCGAUCGCUUCAAAGAAUGUCAAACACGAUCCUUUAUUAUACCACUCGACACCUUAUGUCUCGAUGCUUGGCGUUGUCAUGGUUGGUAUGGGGUUGAUGGCAUAUCUCAACGGUUGGUCACCACCAAAAGCGGACCAAUAA